GUUCGAUGACGUCAUUCAGGAAGUGGACAGAGGGAAGUCCGUGAGGUGCAGGCUUGUGUUAAACUGUUAACUGGAAAGUUUUUAAAUAUUUGUAUGUUGAGGGAUAUUUCGGUCCGAGCAGAGAAAUGUGCAACUUCGAGUAUUGCCUCUGGGAUUAUUGCCAUUGUGGUGUCAAGAAACCUUCAUGAUCUCAAACUGCAAAUAGGGCUUCUGGUUGCAUCAUUCCUGAAUGCCUUGCUGUCGGUAGCGUGCUGCGUCGGCCUCCUUUUGGCCCUUGGUGUCACCGUCGCCAGCAAUGGAAAAGGUUUGAUGUUUGGAUGCAACGAGACCAUGGUGCCCAUUAACGCUCGGUCACCUGUCAGUGCCCAGUGUCCGUUUGAUACCACACGGAUCUAUGAUACCACCCUGGCUCUGUGGAUCCCUUGCGCCGUGUUGUCGGCAGCUGAGGUCGGGCUCUCCCUGUGGUGCUUCAUCGUUGGACUGAGCCUCAGAGGCCUGGCGCCCUGUGGGGAUAGCUACAUCAAAGAGCAGCUGGAGGAAGAGGCCGAGCGCUCCUCCCACACCCGCCGCCUGAUGGGACAACACUCAGACCCUGAAGUUUAGCAGACCUCAUCAGCUGCUUUCAGUCUGUUUAUUUCAAACCACUGAACCGUUUGUGCCAAUAUAACGAAUAUUAGACGUGCUUAUACAUGUGUGGACACCACAGAAACAUGUCGCUCUUAUUGGUAAGGCUCCUACACGGUUUGAGUUUAGGAGUACUAAAGGUGUUAUUCUUGGCAUGUUUUUUCCAUUAUGAAGAAAUUUUAGUUGCUAAAGAUAAUAUUUUUAGUUGUAUUUUAACCUUUGCAAAUUUUGUGCAAAAUCUAAAGGUUUUUUUUAUUAAUUUUUAUUUUAUUUUAUUGUUUAUCCAUGUUUUAAACAGCAUGCUGAUUGAGGUGCAUUCCACUCACCAUUUCAUUAGAUUUUAAAAAUUCAGUUUUAGAGUCAUGAUGUUUGUUAUAAUUCCUUCUUUGUCCGUUUAUUUUAAUACCUAUCAGUAUAAAAUAUUUUAUUAGAAUCAGACUAUCAUCAGAAAUGCUUGCCAACAUUUCUCGAAGAUGCAGCUCAUAUUAAAUUGAUAUAAAGGUUGAUUUAUAAUUCAGCUUACUGCAUUAAAUUGUUGUAUAUUAUAGAAUGGAAACAGUUUUUUUUAUAACUGCAAUGUUGGGAACUUUGAUAAAAAAUAUUAAAUGUGUUGAAAUGUGCUUUAGAAAACAGACAGUAGGAUUAAACUGGAGUGCUGAAUUUCCUUAUUGUUUUUAUUUUUUCUCUGAUAGCAGGUGUUUCAGUCCGUUACUAUUUGUUUUAAACUUUUAAUUCGGAGCUAAACGGUGUAUUGAUUGAGUGUUUUUGUGAGUGUUGAGUACGGUUGAUCAGUGUUAAGUGGGGUCAUAUUAAAAGGUUAAACCAG